AUGUUCGGCCGUCAACAAACACGAAGCUUUCCCAAGCGAAGCGGCUCGGGAUACUCCUCCUUCGAGAGCGACAGCGAAGACGACAUGAUCAGGCCCUGCGCCGCUACGUCAGAGAAGCCCGAGGCCCAAGUCACGAUGACCGAGUACGCCCCGGCACCAACCCCGAAUGUGGAGCACUCCGCGCACCCGAGACCGUCCCUCACGGGCCGCCGCUCCUCCGCCGACGACGCCGACCUGGAGGAGAUGUGGGAGUGCAUGCUCGAGCUUCAGCAGAAGUACCACUGCUACAACUCGACGCGCAUGGAGAUUGCCGCCGACAGCGAGGAUGCCACGGAGAUGAUGCCUACCAAGGCCUGCAUGGACAUGCUCAAUGACUCGAUUGACUCCGAGUCCCUUCCCGAAGAGGGCUGGAAGAAGCUCAGCAAGUACCUCGUCACGGAAUGUGACGCGAGUCAAAAGCCGCAGAAGUGGAAGUUCUGGAGACACGCCUAA